GGCUGAGCCUCGGGGUGGCUCCGGCCUGUCCAGGUCCGUCCUUCCCGCCUGGAGGCGGUGCCGGGCCGAUGCCGUUGUCCCGGGCGUGUCGGGUUCGGCUCAUUACCGCGGCUCCGCAUCCCCCGGCUCCCGACUCGGCUCAGCUCAGCUCGGCUCCGCUCGGCCAUGAAGCCGAAACAGGCAGAAGUUUCCAUCCCGCUGCAGCCCCCCGCGCCCGGGACGGCAGCUGCCGCUGGCCCCGACGGGCAGCCCCGGGACUUCUUGCUCUGGUCGCUGCUCAACGUGCUGCUGGGCUUCGCGCUCACCUUCCUGGGCUGCUGCUGCUUCCCUGCGCUCGUCUACUCUAUCAAGGCCCGUGACUGCAAGGUACUGGGAGACCUGGAAGGUGCCCGGCGGCAUGGUGCCCGUGCCAAGGUGCUGAACAUCAUUGGCUCUGUCCUGCUGGUCCUCGGUGUGGUGAUGGUCAUCGCCAUCUUCUUCUCUGCCUUCCUAUCCAGAACCCCCUGAACUGAAGACAGCACAGCCACCGACCUGCUUUCUGCCAGUCUUGGGAUGCUUCUGCUCUCCCCUUGCCCUUUUCAUCCCAAAAUGUCCCCACUUCGGGCGUGUGGUGCUAGGGGAGAGGGCGUGAAGUUCUGUGCCCCUAACUGCCCACCCCACUGGGUGUCCCGGCCCAGCCACUGCGUGGAAUGGGACAGGUAGUCCAUGCUGGGAGGCAAGAGACAGUCCUCUUUUCCCUGCAGGUGUGCCUCAGCUGGAAGCUGCUGGGCUGGCUGGGAGCUGUGACACCCUUCCAGGUCAUUGCUGCCACAAAUAAAGCUUGUCCUGCCAAAGCCCUUUGCCUGUUGCCUUAUUCACAGUGGGAAA